UAUUACAUGUAUUUAGAAACAAACACAAAGAAGAUGAGCAACUUUUGCGGCUCCCACAAUAUUGUGAUGUUCACAAUUUGCUUCAUGAUCUUCACGAUCACUGCAACUUCAAUGGCCACCGACAUCGAGGAAGACCCAAUAUUCGAACUGAAUAGCCAAGAAGAAAUGGUGCAUUUGGCUGGAUAUGGAGAAGAGAAGCUCUCCACCGUGCUAGUCACUGGUUCGGUUCAUUGUCAGGCUUGCCUGCAUGGUCAUGAAGCUCAACUUACUGAAUGGCCCAUAUCAGGUGCUUUGGUCGGUGUUAACUGCCAUAACAGUGGAAAGAAGAGCAGAUCAAGAUGGGAACAAGCUAGAACAGAUGAAUUUGGAGAUUUCACUUUUGAUCUUCCUUCCCAACUUCAUUCAAUUCCCAACUUGGAACAAAAAUGUUCUGUUAAAGUUCUGAAAAUACCAAAGAACUCACCCUGUCAACCAACUUACGUCAAGAAACAAAAGGGACUAAAACUAUUAUCACUUGGGAAUGGCAUCCGUACUUACAGUGCCGGAACGAUUAGAUUCAUGGAUUUGACUUCUAGACCUUUGCAAGCAUGCAUGAAGAAGAAUGGUAACAAAGAGAUGCAACGAUAGAUAUCUAAUUGAUAAGCAGAUAGGGAUCAGAACCAUGGCUCAUUAUUUUGGAUGGCGCUUUAGUCACAGCAUUGAGUUAACAAGAGUUUCAUCCCUCUCUGUCGGUUGUAUAAGAUGCACAGGUAUAGAGGAAAACAAUAACAUAUGUAGCAUGUGUGUACAGUAUGUUCUCAUAAAGCAAGCUAUGAGCUGAUAAAUACCAUGUGGAUGAUACUAUUAGAGUUCUUCCAAAAAAGAAAUAGAAAUAAUCGAGUUGUAGAAUCAAUAAGAGAAUUACUUGAGAAUAAAGAGUUUCUAGAUUUUCUGCAA